UGCAACAAGUUGUUUGACAUGUAAGAAUUCUAUAACAUCCUCUCCACCACCAACAUGUGCACCUAAAUGUACCAAUUGUGCGAAUGGUCAAUGUAUUGACGGUGUUUGUGUUUGUAACUCUGGUUAUGGAGGCGUUAAUUGUUCCUCAGUUAUUUGUCCAGAAAAUUGCCUUAAAUGUUCAACACCAUAUUUGUGUUCAUCAUGUUUACCAAGAACAUUUGGUGCUACUUGUUCUUUUACAUGCAUUCCUAAUUGUUUGACUUGUUCAGAUGAUAAGACUUGCACAAAAUGUGAUGCUGGUUUUACUGGACAAACUUGCUCAACUGGUCCAAAUUAUUUUAGAUCUACAAUUACAACUACCGCUGGAAUUGAUGGAGUCUUACCAUAUCGUAUUAGAUAUUUUGAAUCAAAUGGCUUUUUCAGCAUUGGAAAUAGAAGAGAUGUUAUAUUCGGCUUUACGCUUCCAACACAGUCUGCAGCUGCAAGUAGUACAUUACUUUUCAAUAAUGCUACAUUUGCACCUUUUACAAGUCUAUCUAGUUCCUCUACAUUAUUCAUGGCAACAACAUCUGUUCCAGGUAUUUUAAUAAUUACUCCACAAAGUCCUUAUGUUUCAUUCCCUAUUUCUCCAACAAUGAUAUACAAUACUGGUAUUAAUGAGACAUUUAUUGAUGUUUAUACAAAUAAUUACUUUUCCUUUUUUUUGACUAAAGAAGGAAAUGUUAGAUCUUUUGGUGAAUUAUCUGUUGCUGGAUGUUGUCCAAGUGGAUUUUUUGGAGUUUACAAAACCAACUUUACAAAAUUAGCUAUUCCACACAAAAUUUCAUACCUUUCUUGCCAUUCUCGAUAUUUAUGUUUCGCUUACAGUAGAGAAUCAAGAAGAUUAUAUGGUUGGGGUCCAAUUUCUGAUAGUUACUACGGUACAAAUACUGGCCUUUGCCAAUAUUCACCACUGGAAUUAGAUAUUACUACUUUUGGAAGUGAAAUUCUCUUGUCCAUUACUUUUGCACAAUAUUUCGUAUUGUAUCUAAUGGAGAGUGGAAAAAUAUUUUACACAGGUUACUGGGGGUCAUUACUACCAAGAGUUUCCUAUCCAACACUCUUAUCUACAUCAUUUAUUGGAACAUCUGAGAGAAUCACUAGAAUAACAUUCAUACAAAAUUAUAACUCUCUUUUGUUCACAGCAUAUAAUGGUAAUAAUUACAUUCUAGGAGAUUUCUAUAAAUUUCCAUAUCCAGGAACAAAUUCACCUACUACAGGUACGAUAUGGGGAGGUGGUGGUGGAAAGCAAGUUAUUGGAAAUAUUAUUUAUUCACCAACCAUGUGUAAUGGAUUAUUUGAUUCAGAUCCUAAUGUAUGUAGUGGAAAUGGAAUUUGUGAAGAGAUGGAUAUGUGUUAUUGUAAAACAGGUUAUGCAGGAAUUAAUUGUGAAGUUCCAAUUUGUGGUGGAAAGAGAGCUGAUGUUGCUAGUGUAUGUUCUGGUAUUGGUUCAUGUCUCUCACCUAAUAAUUGUUCAUGUCCAAAUGGAUAUAAUGGUACUAAUUGUGAGAUUAGUUCAGUUUCUAAUUGUCUUCCAUCUGCAUCUAAUUGUCAAUCAUGUAAGAGUGGAUUUUAUGAUACUUCUAAAUUAUGUAGACUCAAAUGUUUAGUUAAUUGUGAAGUAUGUUCAUCAAGUGAAACAUGUAAUAAGUGUUUAGAUGGUUUGAAAGGUCAAUAUUGUAAUGAGAAAGUUUGUAAAGUUUCCAAUUGUGCAACCUGUUCAACAAGUACAGGUGAUUGUUUAGAAUGUAAUGAAGGAUAUUAUGGAAGUUAUUGUAAUAUAACAUGCCCAUCUAAUUGCAAAUCAUGUUCAUCAGAGGUAUCAUGUUCAACAUGUAGAUCUGGAUGGACAGGUCCAACAUGUCAAAUUCCAGUUUGUAAUGAGAAUUGCAUUACAUGUUCAUCUCCAAAUCAAUGUUCUAAAUGUUUUAAUGGAUUAUAUGGUUCAGAUUGUAGUAAUACUUGUCCAUCUACAUGUGAAAGUUGUAUCAAUUCCACAUCUUGUCUCACAUGUCCUCCAUAUUCAAGUGGUUCAAUGUGUGAAAUUCAGACGGAGAAUUGUCUUUCGUUUAUUAAUUCUCCGCCAAAGGUUUCAGUUACAAAUUUAGGAUCUUCAAAGAUUAUGUAUACCAUUUCAGUUUCUAAUAUUCUUUCAAGAUCUACAAACAUGACAAGAUUAUCAUUCUCUGAAAUUUCUACUUGUGAAAGAAAUGUUACUGAUCUUGUCACAAAUUCUACAAGUCAAUUGACAUGUGAAACUCAAUAUUCUAUUUCUACUUCUAUUUCUGAUUUGAUUUCUGAUUCAAGAGUCACUCAACAAUUAGAUUCUUCUGGAGUUGUUCUUACCUUGACAAUAGAAUUGAAAUUGAAUAUUGUACCUUUUGGUGUUGGAUUAAAGAGACUUGUUAAUUCAAUAGCAUAA